CACAUACAUAUGCAUAUACUAUUUUCCCCAUGUGGUAUCUCAUAGUGUCCAAUUUGCUACUAAGCCAUGUCGCGGCAGACAUCGUCAACUUCAUCCAGCCCUCUUCCAGCUCUAUAUGGAAGCUCGACAGCCAUGAAACAAUCGAAUUCACAACCGCGCUAUCCGACUACACAAUCUUGCUCGUCCAACACAACCAACAGAGCAAUACCACGCUUUCCCAUCCCAUCGCAACCUCAGGUAAUGUUACUACCGACGGCUCGAUGCACACGUACCCAUGGACUGUCCAGCGCUACUCCUUUGACCUCUCCGUGUCACCUAAAUUCCUCAUCCAUGUAGGAGCGGAUGGAGAUGAUAUUGAAGAUACCUCGCCCCGCUUCACCAUCGCCCAAGCCGAUUCUACGACGUCGACGGACACGCCUGUCUCGAACUUGGGUGUAUAUGUUGAAGCUACUGCGCUUUCCAAAUCGACGAGGAGGAAGGGGCCUGCGCCAUGGAAGUUUGGGGUGGGGUUCGGGGUUCUGUUGGCUGCUCUGGUGGGAUUGAUGUGUUUUUGCUAUCCAUGCUGGAGGAAGGGAGUGGCGGAGAAGAAGGAGGUAGCUAUUGUUGGUGAUGAUGACAAAGAGAAAGGGUUACCGGGACAUGAGGAGACUGUUACAGUGAAAGGGAGACGGUACAGUAGUGAGUCGACGUCGACACACGAAUCCUAUGUUGUCUUCGGUUUCCUGCUGACUAUUCACUCCUUCGAAUAUCUUGCUGCUUGGCAAUUGAUGACAGCUGGUAUAUGGGAUGAGUAA